AUUAAAAGUAUUAACUUUUACGUAAUUUGAAGAAGAUCUUUUAAAAAGGGUGACAAAAACUUAUUCAAGUUAGAAGCAAUAUAGUUCUUUAAGGAUAUAGUUCAUUUUCUUGUUCAUUUCAGAUCAGGAAUACUGCGAUUCAGAACGAUGGAGUCGGAGUCUGCCCUUGCAGCCCAGCAUCUAAACAUGAUGUUUUCUCCUAAAUUCGCCGUGCCUAUAUUUGGGUUCGUUGUACCGCCACUGUCACUAAUCAUUCUUGUUACCAACUUGCUGAUGGUCUGGACCCUGAGAAAACGAAACAUGCGCUCCCCCAUAAAUGCCAUCCUCACGAGCGUUGCUGUGGCUGACACUCUCGCAAUCUGUAUGCCAGUUGUCCCGUUUAUGUAUUUCUACACGUUGGGCCACUAUGAGGACUUCAUACCAUACACCUGGUGCAGGACCUUCUUUAACCUUGUCCACGUGUUUCCGCUGCUAUGUAAUAUGGCAUCGCUCUGGUCAACUGUGGCUUUGGCGGGGAUACGCUGCUAUUCUGUUUGGCGCCCUCUCCAAGUUAAAUCAGUGGUAACGAAUUUCAGGAUCAACUCUGGGAUUGUCGCCAUUUACCUGACAUCAUUUAUCGUCUACUGCCCGGUUAUAUUUGAGUAUUCGUACACACCUAUUUCGGCCUACUCGAUGAUCGACCAGAACAAGACAAUUACAUCGUGCCAUAUGCAGAAGAGUUCUUCUCAUAUGAUGAAUAAUUUCUGCACAAUUCACACAUGGAUCCAAAUCAUUCUCACAUCACUAUUACCAUGGCUACUGAUCGCAUUCCCGGACUUCGGUUUGCUAUGGAAACUAAGGCAUGCGGAAAAUCUGGUGACUGCCAACAUGAACCGAACUACUCGACGCAGGAUGACGUCAUGGAUGAUAUUUGUGGUUGUCAGCAUGGUAUGGUUGGUUGAGAUUCCGUUUGCCAUCACCUUUACCGAAUAUCUCUCUCACACUAAUGGAGAUGUAAUGAGGAAUAAGCUUGGGGACAAUGUCGUGUUCGUUUUCCUUCUCAAGUACAUCACCUACCCGAUUAUCUUCGUCAUAUAUUGUUUCAUGAGUCAGAGGUUCAGGACUGAGUUCCUGGGCAUGUUUACAUUGAGAAGGUCGAUACAGACCAGAAACUCGACGGAAAAAUCCGACCAAUCGAAACGCAUAUCGAUGUUCUCGGCGUCAACUUCGAAUGUCUAGACUUCUUGGGAAAUCUGGAGUCAGGAAUGUUUGUCGAAAUGAAAUAGACACUUUGAAUGUUUGAUAACAUUAAUAUGUAUUUAUAUCGACGGGUAAAAGCGGCUUUAGAAAAAAAGACAAUAGAACGUUUGAGCUAUUGAUCCUUGCCAUGUAUUUAUCAACAAGAAUAGGAAUCUGAAUUGCUGGUUUAUAUUUGUGUUUAUAUAACUGAUUUGAAUCACUCAUUUCGUUCAUUUAUUUGAUAUGAUUAUGAUUGUGUCAUGAAUUAUCUAGUUGUGAGUAAAUUAUUGGCAUAACGCAUUGCAUUUAUUUUGAGGAGAUUAUUUUUGUUUGUAUAAUUGAUGAUUUUAUUUUAUUAUAUUUUCUAGGAUGAAAUAUCUGUAAUGAAACUAAUUCUAGGUACCCAUGCUUUUUAUUUCGAGAAAUAGGGAAAAGUGACUACUUGAGUUCCAAGGAUUUUAUAAAGUUUUGCCGGA